AUGGACGAGGGUACGAAAUACCGAGUGCCCAUCGGCGACGCCUGCGUGUCUAUGCGCGUGUGCUUCGACUCGCUGUGCUUCUCGUCGUCGCAGCAGCCGCCCGCCGACGAGGAGGACGACGCCGCCGCCGCCGGCGUCGCCGAGGCCGCCGUCACCGCCGCCGCCGCGUCGUCGACGCAGCUACCGACGGAAGGCGCCGCGGCCGUCGCCAGCGGCACCAGCAUCAUCGCCACGACCGCCACCACCACGCAAGUCACGCAAGUGGCGCACUUGGGUGCCGGUGGAGGUGCCGCGAUCGCCACCAUGGGCACCCUGAGGGAGCUCCAGGAGCUGCUGCGGGUCAAGGACGAGAGGAUCGCCGAGCUGGAGGCCGUGGUCGGCUGCCGGGACGCCGAGAUCCAGGAGCUGCGCAGCCACCUGGACAAGUUCCUGAGCGUGUUGCCCUUCAGCGCGGCGCCGCCGCUCACGCCGACGAAGCCGCGUACGCGCGACCGUGCCCAGGGCAUAUCCGCGGAGCCGCCGCUCCAGGAGCUUGCGACCCUCAAGCUGGUCGACAAGAGCGACAGGUUGGUACCACGCGGCCCGCUGUUUUUCCUGCCUGUUGCUCGCGGCGCGGCGCGGCGCGCGCGCGCGCCUACUCCUCCUCCUCCUCCUCUAUCGCUUUUUCCGCCUCUCGCGUACGCGCUUAGGCGCGAGCCUACUACUUCAUAAAAGUUUGAAUAAGCGCUACUUUUGACACGUCGAACGUGUCGCGGCCCCGAUAACUUUGACUCCGUAAUUGCUUCACUGGAAUCCCGAUACGUCCGGGAGGAGAUGCGUAUCCUUCCGGCUGCAAUCUCGGGCCGCGCGAGUGUAUUGUAGAAUCUACGCAAAAUUGGCCGACGCCGCUGGUGGACGCUCGAAAUAAUUUCGGCAGAUCUACGACUACGUGAAAAGCGAUCCACGCGCGUUUCCUCUCGCCCGGCGAGAAUUGAGAUAUUUUCCCCGCGGCUUCGGUCUUCGGUAUUUAGCACCUUCGCUCUCGACGCCGCCGGUCGCGUUGUCCACAUGUCAACAACUUCGGCUGCUUUCCUUUCGGAGAACACGGUCUACUAUAUUUUCGACACACGUCGCCUUCCAUCUAGGCCCGCAUACCGAACCCUCUUUCUGAAGGCUGUCAAAAGUGGUUUGUGGCCAAUCAGAAGGCUCAUUAGCCACUUUUAGAGGCGCAUUUAUCGAUAAAGGAGGGCCUCAAAGCCUUGUGUCCACGAUCCAAGAACUGUGUCCAAGUUCUAGUUUCAAGAAAUGCGUAGCCAAUCAACUUGCAGCUUUUCCAUAAAAGAUACAGGUUGAUUGGUUGCAAAUUUCUUGGAACCUGGACACAGUUCUUGAAUCGUGGACACAAGGCUU